GAUUGCUUUAUUGAUCCUUACGGAAAUUUGUUGUGAUUACAAGGACUCGUUUCUCAUAUAAAGACAACACAACAGAAAAAUACACAUAAAUACAACAGACAACAUAAAGAGUUCAUUUAGCGACUACACUCAGGUAUCUUGGUGCAUUUCAUGUUCCCUGAUCAAUGAGUGGCUGUGAUAGAGUCUGACCGAGUGAGGUACGAACGAGUUUUUGUACCUCUCCGUUCUUGUUUUGAUUGACAGCAGUCGCCCACUUCGCGACGACCUGGCGUAGUUCUGAUGGAGCGGGUGGCCGUUGUCUUCCAAGAUUUUUUCGAUUUUUCUUAGGCACGUUUGUUCAAAAAGUUCCUUUAAAUGUGGUAAUGUUAUGUGAGCGUGAUAAAACAUAGUCAAGGCCUUUUCGCUAAUUUUCUUCUAAUUUCAUUUUCGGCUAUUGGAUUCUCGACCUAGAACUGAAAUGACCAUGUCGACUUGGAGAUUUUCACAAGCCGCCAUUUUGGCGACAGUUUGUGUUUUCUUCAUAUCAGGAUUGUCAGUUGGGUCUACAGUUGCUUCUGAUGGUAUAAGUCUGACUUUAUCAACACCCAAAGACGGAAGUGACCAUUGUGGUUAUCUUACGUGUAACCACAGCAGCAAAGCAGAUGUCACAUUCUUUAAUGAACUUAGAAUCUACAACAUUGCCAACAAUGGUUCAACGAUAGCGUCUUUGUCUCAAGGUAAACAUUAUGUUUCUGCUGAAGGUGGAUUUGAUUUGAAAAGAAAAUAUUUAAGAAACUCUCAGGCUAGUCUUCAGCUGUCCAUAACAAAACCAGAAAAUUGCCUCUUCGGACUCUACCUGUGUGUCGUGGACUUCAUCGAUGAGCAUGGAGCUAAACAAACCAACACGGCUGUAGCUGGAGCUGAAGACGGGGGCAGUGUGUCUUGUUCAAAUGAUAGAGUUGUCUUGAAAUCUGAGAAAUCUAUUUUGGACAGCUUGGCGAGAGUUGAGCAGACGAUACUAAAAGAUGAUAAGUUGCUGCAAGAAAAAAUGGACAGAUCGCAGAAUGUAACAACAAAUUUAAUUGAAACGAAAAUGGAAGAAAUUAAUACAAAGUAUGGACAUUUCUCCCAGGUUUUUGAGGAACUUAAUCUGUUGGAGGAUAGAACUAAAGAAUGGACUUUGGCAUUUCGUGGAACUCCUUUCAUUGACAAAGCGGUGUACGAAGCUUACAUUGACGGCACUGGGAUACCUUUUGAUGUUGAGAUCGGCUGUAAAGUUAUCACUUCCUCUCUCCCCUGUUACAAUCAUUACAGAAACAGUUCAAUCCUUGACCACUGGAAAAAUAUAAAAGAGGUCAAGCUGGUAAUCUAUCAGAACAAUGUCCAGGUCCAUUACAUUAUUUUUAACGGUCAAGGUUCUAACUACUUGAACUGGUUUUCCCAAAGAAGAGUCCUAAGUUCUUCCUGGACGGACAUCAAAUGGAAAACCACAAAUUAUUUCAGCAUCGAAGGCUUAGCUAGUCACGGGAGAAGAUUCUAUAUCAACCAUGUUUUCCCAGGAGGAUGCCAUCUAGAUAUCGGCUGGUUCUCCGCCUUUGAUUCAUCCCCUAACAGAUGCCCAUACCACACAAGUGCUUCUUAUCCACUGAUGAAAUUUGCGAAAGGAAGCGAAGCAGACGUCUGGCAAGGGCCGAAUUUCGGUGUAGCAGACUUUUUCGCCAUAUUUGUAAAAUAAACGACAUAUGUUACUGCAUGGCAUGUUCAGAUUUUGAAAUAAAGGUUUUCAAUAUAAAUAUUCA